UACAUUUUGCCAUGUCACGCUAAAAGAAGUUAGAGAGCAGUUUAUUUAUAGGAAAACUGGCUUAUAUAUAUAUAUAGACAUAUGCCGCCGGAUAUAUAAGAUCUGAAAUGAGAGCCUGCGGUGUUUUUUGAAGGUUAACUCCCGGUGGUUUUUGAGUUAUAUUACUGUAUAAUAGAGCUUUUAAUGUUACACAGUGAAGCCAGGAUGUUUUCGUCGAGCCAAGAGGAGCACUGCGCUCCGUGCAAAGACCCGGUGAAGUACGGCGAGCUGGUGGUGCUGGGGUACAACGGCUCUCUGCCCAACGGAGACCGGGGUAGACGGAAAAGCAGAUUUGCGCUGUACAGGAGGACCAAAGCCAAUGGUGUUAAGCCGAGCACUGUGCACAUCCUCAACACACCCCAGGCCAGCAAGGCUGUGAACUGUAAAGGCCAACACAGCAUCUCCUACACACUGUCCAGGAACCACACGGUAGUGGUGGAGUACUGCCAUGAUAAAGACACAGACAUGUUUCAGAUCGGCCGUUCCACUGAGAGUCCCAUAGACUUUGUGGUGACUGACACAGUAGCAGGAAGCCAGGAAGGAGAGGAGACCCCCAUCACACAGAGCACCAUCUCCCGGUUUGCCUGCCGAGUUGUCUGCGAGCGGAUCCCGCCUUACGUUGCUCGCAUCUACGCAGCUGGUUUUGAUUCUUCCAAAAACAUCUUCCUUGGGGAGAAAGCCGCAAAAUGGAAGAACCCUGACGGCCACAUGGACGGACUGACAACCAAUGGCGUGCUGGUAAUGCACCCGAAGGGCGGGUUCACGGAGGAGUCGAAGCCUGGCGUCUGGAGAGAGAUCUCUGUUUGUGGGGAUGUUUACACGCUGAGAGAGACCCGCUCUGCACAGACCCCCGGCAAACUGGUGGAGCAUGAGAGUAAUAUCCUGCAGGACGGCUCCCUGGUGGAUCUGUGUGGAGCCACUUUGCUGUGGCGUACUGCAGAAGGCCUCUUUCACACUCCCACCCAAAAGCAUCUGGAGGCUCUCAGGCAGGAGAUCAACGCAGCGCGCCCCCAGUGCCCCGUGGGUCUCAACACGCUCGCCUUCCCCAGCAUGCAACGCAGCCGCGCCCUCUCCUCUUUGGAGGAAAAGCAGCCCUGGGUCUACUUGGGCUGCGGCCACGUGCACGGCUACCACAACUGGGGCCACCGCUCGGAGCAGGGGCCCAACAACCAGCGAGAGUGCCCCAUGUGCCGGAUGGUCGGGCCCUACGUGCCGCUGUGGCUGGGCUGCGAGCCGGCCUUCUACGUGGACACAGGUGCGCCCACUCAUGCCUUUGUGCCGUGUGGACACGUGUGUUCAGAGAAGUCAGUCAAGUACUGGGCGGAGAUCCCUCUGCCCCACGGCACCCACGCCUUCCACGCCGCCUGCCCCUUCUGUGCCACCCAGCUCGGCCUCGCUCAGGGCUGUGCCAAGCUAAUCUUCCAGGGCCCGGUGGACUGAGCCGGAGGGUCCUGCCCCGGCAGCGGAGAUUAGACAGGAAUGCCAACAUGCUGUGAAACUGUUCCGAUUAUUUUGUGCUUUCUUUUGUUCAUGUAAGCCAGCUGUGCAAAGGAGUAAGUCUUCUCACGUUCUGGUCAUAUACUGUGGAUUCUGCACAACAGAGAGCCAUUACAGAUUGUUCGGGGCCUCUUGUGGCUAUUUGGAUGGCCACGGUGGGAUACAGAGACGUGGAGCACACUGGACCACAGAUGCCUUGCUCCUCCAGAAUGAAAUACUGUUUCAGCUGUCCUGCGAUCCAACCGCUUUAAACACGGCUGUUUUAAACUACAAUGACUGCUGGUUUUCCAUCAGAGGGCCGCAGAAUUAAGGAUAGAAAGAAUGAAUUUUACUCAUGAAUAAGACUGAACCGGGUAACAUUGAUGUAUUUGGGCCUGUCGGAAAAGAAAAAGGGGUUUAUAGUUCAAUUCCUGGUGUGUUUGUGACAACGUUUUUACAGAGCCAGACAGCUGGACUGUUGGCUGGGAGAAUAGCCAGGAGAAACUUGGGGUCUAACUAUCUAAGUGCUCCCCAUCGCCCCGUCGGCCCUGAACCCCCUAAUGGCAUCUAGAUCAUGUAGUUCUCCAGAUUUUUGGCUUCCAUUUGCUGAACAAACUUUUGAGGAGUUGAAAAAAUACUUUUUGUGUACAGAGAUAUAAUCCAGUGCCUCAAAUCCCAUUAAACCAUGGGAAUAUUUUUAAUAAAUGAGGAAAAGAUGUUUUGUUGAAGGCAAAGGGAGAGAUAGUUUUGCAUACAUAUAAGGAAAUGACGGCCCACACGGAUUCUUCAACACAUUUUUAUCCGACAGAAGACGUAUUUUACUACACUGAGGCCCUUGUACUGUUUUGUAAUGCAAAUGUUAAUAUAUUUUUUCUCCUGCAUAAAUAAUGUGUGUGAGAAUGUUUGAGAGUGUGUGCAUGCAUGUGUGAUUGUGUGUGUGUGUGUGUGUGGGUUGGACUGUGUGGGUGCCCUUGGGCUUUGUUUAAAUCGCCCUCGUGCAUCAUUUCACCCCAAUCCCCUUUCUAUGAUCUCGCCCACCAUCCAAAACACAACCAGAGAACACAGGAAUUAAACCAACCUCGCAGGGUUUGACAAUGAAUGUAAUGUACUGAAAUACAUUGACUCUCCUAACUGGUGGUACUUUACUGAUACAACUUGCUUUCUCGAUGUGCUGUUAAAGGUAUAGGUAAGGCCUAUUAUCGCAGUGAAAGACUACAUUGGAACUGUACUACCAUAUGCAUCAACCGCAACUGCUUGCUAGCUGCGUGCCUGCCCCACACACAUGUACUGUAUUCAAUCUGCACUGUUGUUAGCUUUAUCCCACGCUGGGUCUGAUCCAAUGAUUUGUACGCUGUCAAACCUGGGCACAGUCUCAGCAGCAUCCAGAGAUUAUACCAAAUAUAAGGAGGAGCUGUUUUUUUUUUUUUUUUUUUCUCCACAUGCAAGAUGUAACGACCACUCUUCUCCGAUCCAAAGUGUUUCUGUAAACAAUCCUAAACCCAAACGGCUUCUACGGUGGAGUGUUGACAGCUCUGGAUUACAGUCGAGGCUGUUCAGCUGCUCGCGACCAGCUCCAUGGGAAUAAUGAUAUUAUCGCACAUCAUGCCAAAUUUGGUAAGUUCUAUUGUGUGUGUGGAUGAGUCAAGUUGUCCAAAAAACAAAGUAGCAGAUGAAUUGAAACUAAAGAAUCUGGGACGAAUCUGUGCGUUCCUUCUGCAAUGUUAGCUUACCAGACUGUGCCCAUAUGUAGAGGGUAGUCGGAAGGCAUUAAUUCUGUUUAUCAAAUACUAUAUUGAGCAUUAAAAUGAUGAGAUGUUGACGGUAACGUUCCUAUUAUAGCAAAUUUUCUUCAGGUUGCAUUUGAUGAAUGAAAUUCCGAGAGGGGCAGAAUCCACCUUGAUUAAGGGCUCCUUGACUUCACAAAGAUUUGACCUCAGUAGCAGUGGUGGACUGCUGGAGGAUUUGUCCUUUUUGGGUUCCUUCCUAAGAGAAACAUCAGUAGCCGUUACGCUUCACUCAUACCACAGAGCAUUUCUGUAUCACUUGAUUUCUUCAGAUAUUAUGUAACCGCCAAGCGGGGUCAAGUACUAAGCCACGUAUUGUACAGUAGCAUUCCUCUCUAACACUUUCAGCUCAAACACUGUGCCCUUUGCUUAAGACCGUGUUCUGUAACAGCUGCAGAGUAGCUGCCUCAAACAUUCCUCCUUGGUAAACAUGGGUGGGGCCCUCGGUUCACCCAAGGGCUUGUUCUAUGAUUUUGUCUCCUACAGGAACUCUGUACACAAGCCAUAGAACGCACUGAUGCUCCCGAUGCCUCCUUUGCAAAGAAUAAAAUAUUUUUUAAAAGUAA